AUGGACAUUUUCACUGUUCUUGAUGACUUUCGCCCCUGCGAUGAGACUGACAGAACUGACCAGCUGGAGGCCUCUUUUCCCAGUCCGUUCAGCUUCCAUGCUGAAUCCUAUGAAGGGUCACUCCGUCAACUUCUCCGCCUUGUUCCGUAUCCAGAUCAAGAUGGGCCGUACGGCUGGGUCCGACUCAUUGGCGGGCCAUAUCAUAGAUCUUUCAAUUUAGAACCAUAUGAUGAAAUGGGCGCCUUCGACUAUGAAAGGAUGAUCGAGUAUGUUCAGCAACUUGCUAGAAUUGCAUCAGGUAAUGGUAAUGUUGAUCGGUUUGACUGGCUGUUCCAUCAAGAGUGGUAUACUUUUCUCAAAGGCCAGGCAAUCGUGUAUUUAUGGUCGCCACAUACUUUUCCUUUCGAUCAAUAUCCUCACCGGUACGAGGAUGACAUUAGCGAUGAGGAAGAUUCAAAUGAUGGGGAUGCCAACAUGCCUGGUGCAUGGCCAGAGGAUGAGGUUGAGAUAUUGAUUCAAGUAUGA